CGGCGCGCGUGGGCUGCGCCGCUACUCGGGACUCCUCGGCGCGGCGGGGCGGCGCCGCUGCGCGCAGCCGUACGGGCCAUGGCCGCCGAGAUCCACUCGCGGCCGCAGAGCCGCCGGCCCGUGCUGCUCAGCAAGGUCGAGGGCCACCAGGACGCCGUGAGCGCCGCGCUCCUCAUCCCCAAGGAGGACGGCGUCAUCACGGCCGGCGAGGACAGGACAAUCCGAGUAUGGCUGAAGAGAGACAGCGGGCAGUACUGGCCCAGCAUCUAUCACACCAUGGCAUCACCAUGUUCUGCCAUGGCUUAUCAUCAUGACAGCAGACGGAUUUUUGUUGGCCAGGAUAAUGGAGCUAUCAUGGAGUUUCAUAUUUCUGAGGACUUUAAUAAGAUGAACUUUGUGAAGACCUAUCCAGCUCACCAGAAUCGAGUGUCUGCUAUUACUUUCUGCCUGGCAUCAGAGUGGCUUAUCAGCACAGGUCAUGACAAGUGUAUCAGCUGGAUGUGCACCAGGAGUGGGAGCAUGCUGGGAAGACAUUACUUCACCUCUUGGGCCUCAUGUCUGCAAUAUGAUCAUGAAACUCAGCAUGCAUUUGUUGGUGAUUAUUCUGGACAGAUCACUCUUCUGAAACUGGAGCAAAAUACCUGUUCAGUUAUCACAACCCUUAAAGGGCAUGAAGGGAGCAUUACUUCUCUGUGGUGGGAUCCUGUCCAACGACUGCUCUUCUCAGGUGCCUCUGACCACAGCAUUAUCAUGUGGGACAUUGGUGGAAGGAAGGGGAGAACGCUGCUGCUCCAGGGACACCAUGACAAGGUGCAGGCUAUCUGCUACAUCCAGCUGACACGGCAGCUGGUGUCUUGUUCAGCUGAUGGGGGCAUUGCUGUUUGGAACAUGGAUAUCAGCCGAGAAGAGGCUCCUCAAUGGCUAGAAAGUGAUUCCUGUCAGAAGUGUGAGCAACCUUUCUUCUGGAAUAUAAAGCAAAUGUGGGACACAAAGACAAUAGGGUUGAGACAGCAUCAUUGCAGAAAAUGUGGGCAGGCAGUGUGUGGCAAGUGCAGCACCAAACGGUCAAGCUACCCAAUCAUGGGAUUUGAGUUCCAGGUCCGUGUCUGUGAUUCCUGUUUUGAGUCCAUCAAGGAUGAAGACCGUACCUCCCUGGCAACCUUUCAUGAAGGCAAACACAACAUUUCACACAUGUCCAUGGACAUCUCCAGAGGGCUAAUGGUCACUUGUGGGAGCGACCGGAUUGUGAAGAUCUGGGACAUGACACCAGUAGUUGGUUGCAGCCUUGCCACUGGGUUCUCUUCCCGCUGAUGUCCUCCAUGGCAGGUUUAUGCACCUUAUGUACAGCAAUAUGCACCGAAUGAAUGGAACCCUCCUCAAGAAUAUUACUGCAAACACUGGUUGCUUGAUUCUCCUCUUGCUGCUGUUCCAGGAUGGACAGUCACCCUUGUAGAGCACAGCUUUUCUGUUGGGCUCCCCGGGAAUCUCCGUGGUGCUGAAACGCGGUUCUGCAGCCUCUCGGACUGACAUGAACGGUUUAUCUGCAAUAUGACACCUGGGUGGAAGGACCUGUUGUCUCUCAGUUUACAUAUGUAGUGUUAACAAUGUGCUAUCUCUGCUGAUAUAUCUUGUACAGAUACCUUGUAGCUAAGACGUUACCAGAGUAAAAUGAGUGUAGUAAAUUCAAUUUGUGCAAAUAGUAAAAUAACAUAUUCUCUUGUCCAAAAAGCAGUUCUGUUGAAAUGUUUUUGAACAGUCACUGUCUAAAUUGCCUCCAAAAGAUAUCUUGGUUAUUCCUGUGGAAGGAGGAGAUAGUUUCAAGUGGAAGGUAAUUUCUUUCAGAUGAGAUAAUAAGAGAACCUUUUAUCACACAAGAUCUUUUAUUGGCUUUCUUGUAGUGUUUGUCUUCAAGUUCAAUUGUUAGUGAAAUCACUUUUGUGGAACAGCUGUUCUGUGUAGGUAGCUGGUGAGUCUGCAAACAAUCCUGGGCUUUUUAUGUAGUGUUUUAGCAUAGCUGAUAAACUUCUGUAGUUAUGAAAAUGUGCAGCCCACCUACUCUAAAGACUGGCCACAGGUAUGAGCCAUGUACUCUUGACAACUGUAAUGUUGUUAGAAUGGAAACCUAAACAAAUCUGCCUUGUUACAAGGAACAGUUAAGAAAAAAUGGCCAGCUAAAUUUUAGAGAUUUUUUUCUGUGGAAAGGCUGAUGUUCUUUAAUGUUAGGGAACCUGUCUCUGCUAAAGUACAGCAUAAAUUCAAAUACUGUCUUGAUGUUGCUUAAAACAGAUAAAUACUGAGCAAUAAUUACUGAGGUACAGAACAGCUGCUUUUUUCCCUGCACCUAGGAGUGUUAAUCCUGAGAUAUCUAUAUUGAUAAUUUCCUGUUUCAAAGCUGAGAAGUAUGAAGAAGAGCUGUGAGGCUUUUAUGACUGUGCAGUUGGCACAUAAAGGAAAUAACUAGUGAGAGAUACUGUCAGUAAGCUGGUUUGUCAGUUGAGUGAAUCUCCUAUAUUUGAAUACUGUAAAAAAGAAUUUAUUUUGUAACUUUGGAAGCUAAGGUGAUAUGUCACAGAGUUUAAGCUUGGAGCUGUUAAGAUUUAUCUGAAAACAAAUGCAAUAUGUGUGAGGACAAAAAAAGGUAGGUCAGCUGGCCUGGUAGUGUUACACAAUUAUCAAAGGUAAUAUGCUCUUUCUGGCAGAAGAGUUGAGGGUUAGACUGUCUUUACUUACAGCAACAAUCAAGUGGUGCUAUGAGUGUUAGUGAAUUCAAGUCCUAGGUGUGUAACUUGACACUAAUAAUCUGCAUUGGACCAUGCUGUAGGCUGAAAUAGAUUAAGAUCAUUAAUACAUGGUGAUUCACUUGCAUUUUAAGCCAAAAAUCUGAUAGUCUCCAAAGGGCAUUAGAAUCCAGAAUAUGAUAGUUACUGUUACUUUGUCUGCUUUUCCAUGGGCCUUCUCUGGAAGUUUUGUGAAGAGUUUUUAUUUGCUGGCCUUAUUGGCCACUGAAGAAUAAACAAAACCAUCUUUUGUGGGGAUCCCAAAAUUUGUCUUGCCUUCAAUCCAGGAUUCAGCACUUGUCACACCCAUUUGAUUCAACUCUGCCUACAUGCUGUAUAGCUUAGGUUUUUUGGAAGGCUUAUUUCUGAGAUGCUGAGAGAAAGAACAGUUGCAGCUUUAUGCUCUGAAGGCCUUCACCCUUCUAAACCAGGAAGGAAAGUGUUGUGGGGUAAAUAAGCUCUGGGAAGUCUAUAUUCACUUUCAGACUUCAUCCUGUCUGGUUCUGGAAGAGAACAGAAGCCUUCUUCCUCACAGCAUGUAAGGCAGAACAUGAAUUACAGUGCUAGAAUUGUUUAAUAUCCCACUGUAAUAGGUUAGGAGGAUCUAGGCUGUGAGUUAAGGUGGGAGAUUGAUGUAGAUGUGCAAUGAGUACCAUAUUUUUCAACCCAGACAUUCUGAAACCUAUACCCACGAUGCUGAGGUGUGACUCCUUUGCAGCUAGCACUCCAGAACUCAACUUUUUUAGUUCUGAUUACUCAAUGUGCCCCUGCUUAACACACUCCCUUCCCUAUGAAUACUUCCUCUGUUUCUUUGCAUUAUGUUUUUGCCACUAGAUAAUAUAUUCUCUACUGCCUAAGGAAUCUAUUUUCUAUAAUUGAUAUACUUAAAGAUUGUGUCAGUUCAGAUAUAAUGACAGUUAUGGCCACUAAAUCAUUAGUCUUUUAAGUAUACUCUUGGUGUUGAAUGAGUAAUGCUCACAAACCACUAAAGAGAGAGUAGUUUUGUUUAUAAACAACUAUUUUGAAGGCACUCAUUCUCUCCUCAAACUGAACAUACUUGGCUAUGUCAGCUCAAGUGUGCAGUUACUGAGAAGCCUUGAUUUUGAAGCAUUACAGAUCUCGCUUGUGUAACCUCUUCCAUUGGGGCAGGGAAGGGGAGCAAAGGGUACUAAUAUGUGUUAAUUCUUUCCUAGUUGUAUUUCUGUACCCUACAUAGUUAAGAGAAUCUAGAUAAAUCUGUCCUUUGCUCCUCCUUGUCUGUUUUUUAAAUUUUGAUUACAUGUACAAUAAAAUAUUUCUUGAUAUUCACUUAGUCUAUUUGGAUGAUCCAUCUUUUUUUCCAUCCUGUGAAAGCACGAUGUGCAUUUUGUUCUCUGGCUCUUCCUUUACAAUGUGCCCCAUG